AUGGCGGGCGACGGCGAGCAGUCUUCCCUCGAGACAACCGUCGACGAGAUGCUCACAACUCUCACCGACCUCACCGCCAAGGUCUCUGACCUCGCCACGCAGACCGCCGCCCUCAAACCCUUGUUGCCGCUCGCCAAGCAACUGGAUGGCUUGCCGGACAAGGUGACCACCCUUCAAGCCGCGGCGUUCGAAGGCUCCAACCAGAUCGCCGCCUUGAGUCUCGUCGUCUUGCGCCUGGAGAAGGCGCAGCGCGGUGACAAGGAGCCCUCCGAGGUGGACGCCGCCGGGGGGGGCUGCCUCCGUACCAACACGCCAGAACGUCGCCGCGUUCCAUAUGCGUCGCUGCACCUGACCGGGUCGGCCCAACUCUGGUUCUGCCGCCUGGAGUUGACGACGGGAACAUCCUCAUGGCACCGCUUCACACAACUUGUGCAGCAACGCUUCGGGCCGUCCAUGACAGAUGGCCUUGUCGGCGAGAUGAUGCUGCUCCGGCGGGACGGCAUCGUGGACGACUACACCGACAAGUUUCUCGCCCUCGCAUGUCGCGAUGCCGAACUAACGGAGUCACAGUUGGUCCAGAUGAACACCGCCAGCCUCGUCAACCCGCUCAAGACGGACAUCGCGCUCCGCCGGCCAACAUCCCUUGACGACGCCAUCAUGUUCGCCAGAGCCUACGAGCAACGCAUGCUCUUGUCGGCGUCCAACCCCGGCCACACGUGGAGCAUCCGCUCCGCGUCCCGCGCGGCGUCCACCCCGGCAACAGCAUCGCACACGCCCUCUGCGUCGGCCCACGAAUCUGCAUCCUCGGCUGCGGCGGGCUCUGGCGGGACAAUGUCACUCACGUCUACCCUUCCGCGCCGACGCCUUUCCCCGGCCGAGAUGUCCCAGCGCCGCGCUGAAGGUCUGUGCUACAAUUGUGACGAGAAGUUCGUCACGGGUCACCGCUGCAAGAAACUCUUCGUCAUCGAGAUCGUGGGGUUCGACGACGCGGACACAAACCCAACAGCGGCCACCAUCUCCGCCACCGACGACACGCCGGGCAUCUCUCUCCACGCGAUCAUCGGCGUCCGGGCUCGCGGCUGCCAGACCAUCAAGGUGCUCGUGUCCAUCGGCAACAUGACGGGGAUCGUUCUGCUCGACUCCGGCUCAUCCCACAAUUUCAUCAAUGUCGACAUGGCGCGGCGCGCGGGCGUUCCCCUACAGCCGUGCCCGCACCUCGCGGUCACCGUCACGAACGGCGAUCGCGUGGCGUCCCCAGUCAAAGCUCUGGCCCAGCACAUCGGCAUCAGCGGGGAGGCGUUCGACAUCGACUUUUAUGCCCUCCCCUUAGGCGACUACGACAUGGUGCUUGGCAUCCAAUGGUUGGGCACCCUUGGGCCGGUCCUUUGGGUCGUCGCGCGACACAAGCUGCGCUUCACACGAUCCGGGAAGCGCAUCACGUGGACCGGCAUCGACACCACCCCGGGACUGGCGUCCGUGUCCCUGAUGAGCCACGACGGCGACCUCCUCGACGCCCUGCUGGAGGAGUUUGACUCCCUCUUCACCGAGCCCCAGGGCCUGCCCCGGAACGUCACCUCUGCCACCGCAUCCGCUUCAAGCCAGGCGCUGGAGCCAUCACCCACCUCGGCGUUCUCAUCCCUGGCACUGCUGAUCCGCAAGCGCGACGAUGCCAUGAUCAAGGACAAGUUCCCGAUCCCAGUGGUGGAAGAGCUCUUGGACGAACUACGCGGGGCGCGAUUCUUCACUAAGUUGGACAUGCGUUCGGGCUACCAUCAAGUCCCCAUGCACCCCGACAACGUCGACAAAACCGCGUUCUGCACGCACCAGGGCUUGUUCGAGUUCCUGGUGAUGCCGUUCGGCCUCACCAAUGCGUCGGUGACCUUCCAAGCCAUGAUGAACGACAUUCUCCUGCCGUACCUGCGCCGGUUCGUCCUUGACCAUCAGCUCUUCCUCAAGAGGUCCAAGUGCGCGUUCGGCCUCCCAUCCGUGGAGUACCUUGGCCACGUAAUUUCGGAGCGCGGCGUGUCCGUCGACGAGCAGAAGGUGGAGGCCAUCCUAUCCUGGCCGAUCCCGUCCUUAGCUCAUGCCGUUCGGGGCUUCCUCGGCUUGGCGGGCUAUUAUCGGCGCUUCAUCCGCGACUACGGCGACAUAGCUGCUCCGCUCACAGCCCUACUCAAGAAGGAAGGGUUCCGCUGGAACCAUGAUGUGGAACGCGCUUUCCGGACCUUGUAA